CAAGCUACUUCCUCCAGGUCCUGCAGGCUCUUUCCUUCGUUCCAACAGCCUUUCUACAUAUUCCCUUCAUUCUUCCUUCUUCCUUUCUUUCUUUUUUGCUCUGAUCCCUCCCAAAGAACCAACAUCUGUACAAACUACUUUGUCACAGACUUCUUCCCUCUCGCUAUCGUCUUUCUCGUCAACACCCUCCUUGAGUUGAAGACACAUCUUCAACUCCAUCCACCAUGUUCAACUUCGUGCUUGGUGUGCUCUUGGUCUUCCUCGAGCGCAUCAAGCGUCUUGACGUCCAACAUGGACGUCCAAUAAAAGAUCUCCGCCCUCGGGAUACCAUCAUCCCAAUCGCUAUCGCAUGCAUCGUCUUUUGCAUGUGGGGUCUGGCUUAUGGACUGCUGGACAUCAUGAAUUACCACGUUAAAGUGGCAAUGGGCAUUACCCGCAGCAUGGCUGCCAUCCUCGCCGCCGGUUACUACGGCGCAUACAUCCCCGGCUCCCUCCUCAUCGGGGGCCCACUGGUCAAACGCUGCGGCUAUCGAGUCGCCAUGGUCACUGGUCUCUUCGUUCUUGCUUUUGGCGACUUGCUCAUGUCGUUCGCUGCACAGGGUUGCAGUCUUCCCGGCAUGGUAGCCGCCCAGUUCGUCGUUGGUCUUGGUGUUUCGACUCUGGAGCGCUCGGCAAAUCCAUAUGCUGUCAACUGUGGUAGUCGCACGCAGGCCGCCCUGCGCAUCUUGAUUGCCCAGGCGUGGGCUGGUAUCGGUACGGUCGUGGCGCCCUUCCUGGCCAACGCUUUCGUUUUCAACCCGGAUACCUCGACGCAGGCACCCCUCCCUGACCCUUUCCGCCCUGGCAAGUGCCUUAUGCCGACCGAAAACAAGAACACCUCAUGCGCGAAUCUCGGCAGCGUCAUCACUUUCUACCGUGGGCUGGCAGGUUGCAUCUUCGGCUUGUCACUGGUGGUCGCUUUCAUCUUCUUCCGCACCAACCUCGUGCCUGAGGUUGAGGUGCCCGUGCCUCCACCAGUCAACUGCGGCUGGAAGAAGUGGAAGCACCCACUGGUAUCAUGGAGGUACGCUCGCAUCUGGUGGGGUGUCGCAGCCAACUUCGUCAACCUGGGCUGCCAGGUGACCUUCGCUCAGUUCUUCAUUGAGCACAUGAAGAUCAACGCGUGUGCCAGCGACAACUGGGCCGCCAUCUGCAUGUCCUUCGCACAGGUCGCUUUCGUUGUUGGCCGCUUCGUCGCCGCUGCUGCGGUCGCCACGCCGAAGGUCAAGCCUCGCUGGGUCCUGCUUUGCUACAUCGCUUGUGCUGUCGCCACGACCGCCGCUGGCACCAAGAUUACGGGCACAGCUGCCAUCUCGUUGGCCGUGAUGGUUAUGUUCUUCGAGGCACCUUCUUUCCCGAUGGUUUUCGAGAGUGCGACGGCCGAUUAUGAGGAGUGGACACCAACGUGCGAAACGCUCAUGAUCUUGAGCAUAUCUGGUGGUGCCCUUCAGCCUCCGUUGAUGGCUCAGCUUGUGGAGUCUGUCGGCAUCUCAAAUGGCUGGUGGUUAACAGCGGGCUGCUUUGCGUUGGUCUUCACGUACCCUCUGGCGACAAAUUUGAUCCCGUCGUUCAGAAGGGCCCUCGACAAGGCAGAGAUGGGUAUCAGUGCCGGUGCUGGUGCUGGUGCUGUUGAACACAAUGGCAAAUCUGCGCGCAGUUCCCUUGGAAUGGUGUCUGGCAAUUCGGACCUAAUUGAGGGUAUUCAGCCUUCGUUCAACCCGCCUGUCAGACCUGAGUACAACGGAGGUCCGACCCACGUUCAUGCUGAGCAGGUUUGAUGUGCCAUGAAGGCACCUGCCCAAUUUGGUCCACUCUGUUUCAGAGACCAUCCUCUUGCGCCCAGGCAGUGGUGCUGGCUCGAAGAAGGAGAACGGCGGUGGCCUUGGAUAUAGCACGGAAGGCUCACAAGAAUGGAAGGGCCACUUGCAAUGGUAAAAGAUGGCAUUGUCGCCAUGGAGCAUGGCAUUUCGAGGGCGAGGGUGCUGAUACGACGGCACUCCGGAAAUCAGACGCAUAAGCGCAAAACUGGUUGAGC